GCUGAGGCUUCUGGUUUAUUAGUUGGAACUUGGAGUUCUGAUGUAGACAAAUAAACAAACACAUAGAUGCAUAUAGAUACUCCUCAUUCAGGAAAUUUAUCGAACAGGUCUCACAGAUUACAUUUUGGGGUUCAUUCCCGAGAAAGGGUCACUAGACUGAAUUGUCAGAACAACGGAAUAUGACAUGUCGAGGUGCUGCGGUAACUAAACUGGCAAUCGUUUGGCGUUUCAAAAGUCAAAGGGAAAAGACUCGAGAAGUGGUGCUUAAGUUGUUUGAUUCUCGUUUCAGAAAUUCAGGUAAAGAGGCAAACAGUAUUUUGGUAGUAUAAUGCAGCAAGGUGCAAGUUUGUUGAUGAGUGAACGUCAAAGAUUGGCUGAACUAUUAAGAAAAUGCUCCAAGAAUUUUUUGUAUGAUCAGGGGAAGGAAGUUCAUGGAGCUGUAGUGAGAAAGGGUUAUGGGUUGGAUUUGAUGAUCAACAACGACAUCAUAGAUCUGUAUGGAAAAUGUGGUAGGAUUGAAUUCGCGCGCGCUGUGUUUGAUAGAAUGCCUGAUAGGAAUGUUGUCUCUUGGACAGCAUUGAUGUGUGGGUAUUUGCAAGAGGGUGAUGCCAGACGACCCUUAUUGCUCUUGCGUGAAAUGGGACUUUCAAGCGUUAAGCCUAAUGAAUUUACUUUCUCGACAAAUUUUAAGGCAUGUGGAAUUCUGGGUGCUCUGGUAAACGGGAAGCAGAUUCAUAGUUUGUGUAGUAAAAGAGGAUAUGAGUGGUAUCCUGUGGUUGGGAAUUCGAUCAUUGAUAUGUACUCGAGAAGUGGACAAAUAUCUGAUGCUGAAUAUUUGUUUCAUGUUAUGCCUAUCAGAAGUCUAAUAAGUUGGAAUGUGAUGAUAGCUGGUUAUGCCCUAGAAGGGGAGGGUGCGAAGUCUCUGCUGUUGUUCAAAAAGAUGCAAAAACUGGGAGAAAUACCAGAUGAAUACACAUUCACAAGCACAUUAAAAGCUUGUACUGUUUCUGGAGCCAUCCUUGAGGGAACUCAAAUCCAUGCUUUUCUAACCGUGAGAGGAAUCCCUUUUCUUAACCAGAAAAUCGUUUCAGGGUCUCUAAUUGAUUUGUAUGUCAAAUGUGGACGUUUAUUUGAAGCGCAUAAGGUGUUUAAUGACGUUGAACUGAAGAGUGUGAUAUCUUGGACAGCGCUAAUAAUAGGAUAUGCUCAGGAAGUGAAUCUAUCUGUGGCCCUGGACUUGUUCAGAGAGCUCCGGAAUAGUAGUAUUCCUGUUGAUGGGUUUGUAGUCUCAAGCAUGAUGGGCGUCUUUGCAGAUUUUGCUCUUGUAGAGCUGGGAAAGCAAAUGCAUGCAUAUGCAGAAAAGAAACCUACCCGUACAGACAUUUCUGUAGCCAAUUCAAUUCUUGAUAUGUAUCUCAAAUGUGGUCUGAUAGGAGAAGCUGAAAGGUAUUUUUGUGAUAUGCUGGCAAAAAAUGUCAUUUCCUGGACAGUUAUGAUCACGGGAUACGGAAAGCAUGGUCUUGGUACCGAAGCUAUUCAUCUAUUCAAGAGAAUGCAGUCGGAAAAUGUUGAGCCCGAUGCAGUGGCUUACUUGGCUAUACUCUCAGCUUGUAGCCAUGCUGGACUUGUUGAAGAAGGCCAAGAAUACUUCAGAAGAUUUUGUAAUGAUCAUCGACUAAAACGUAGGGUAGAGCACUAUGCUUGCAUGGCUGAUAUCCUAGGUCGAGCUGGACGUUUGAGAGAAGCAAAACAUCUCAUUGAGAACAUGCCUCUAAAACCAAAUAUAGGCAUAUGGCAGACAUUGCUUAGUGCUUGCAGAGUUCAUAGAGAUGUUGAGAUUGGAAGAGAAGUAGGCGAAAUCCUCUUGAGUUUGGACAGUGACAAUCCAGUUAAUUAUGUCAUGAUGUCAAAUAUUUUUGCUGAUGCUUGUUGCUGGAAAGAGUGCGAGAAAUUAAGAGGAAUAGUGAAGGCAAAAGGCCUGAAGAAAGAAGCUGGACGUAGUUGGGUUGAAAUUGAUAAACAGAUCCACUUCUUCUAUAACGGAGAUGAUGCACACCCACUUUUUGAAAGCAUCCAUGAUAUUCUGAAAGAAAUGGAGAAAAGAAUGAAAGAAGAGAUAGGUUAUGCAUAUGACACAAGUUUUUCAUUGCACGAUGUUGAAGAGGAGUCAAAGCAAGAAGGAUUGAGACUUCACAGUGAGAAGUUGGCCAUUGGACUGGCUCUGGUUUGUGGUGGACUAGAUGACGAAAAGCCAAUUCGAAUUUUCAAAAACUUGAGGGUUUGUGGGGAUUGUCAUGAAUUUAUUAAGGGUCUGUCAAUGAUUUUGAACAAGGUGUUUCUGGUUAGAGAUGCCAAUAGGUUCCAUAAGUUUGAAAAUGGAAUCUGUUCUUGUAAAGAUUACUGGUAAUCAGAAAGAUGAAAUACAAUAGACAGAAAUACAGCUUAAAGAAAGGACUUCCAGAAGAACCGAAAAGAGGUUCCCCACAGGAUAAAAUAGGUGAGCUGCUUGUACUGCAUUCGCUCUCGCCGUCUUUCACAUGCAAAAUCCACCCAAAUCUCUCUUUUCUUGUUUGUGCAGAGUUUGGCUGAUUAUUGAUGUUAGAACAGGCUCCAUUCUCCAAAUUUGGAGAUAUCCAUUGAUACUUUAUCUGUUGUCCCUUAUGAAAGAUUUUUGUGAAUUCUCCUCCUAGCUCCAUUGCUUUCAGUCCAUAUGACGUCUUGUCUUUCAGUAAAAGAAAGUAUUGAACAGUCCAGUGCAAUCAGAGUCAGCUCCAAAGGUAGAUAAAUCCUUGGGAAGAAAGACAGUGCCGUACUUCCCAUAUGAAUAGAUGAAUUCUGCUGCCAAAGGUGAGUCGCAUGAACUAAAAAGCCUCACUACAAUUGAUGCAGAACAGAGCAAUGAGGAUAAAUGAAUCAUCUUCCAAGUAUAUAUUUGAAGAAAUGAAUCUGAGAUAUGUUAUUUUUGGGG